UAGGCAGCCAUCAUAACACCAUGAAACUACGCAAGCGGGUGCGCGAUGAAGUCAACAUCAACAACGCGGAGCUGCCAUGGCGCAGACUUCCAAUGUGGUUAUUGUUGCGUGUCGCAACGCACCGGCAACUCCAACCUCGAUUUGGCAACGACAAUGGCCGCGCUUGCUACAAAACUCUCAUGGCCACAAUUAUUGCGCAGUUCCUUCGCUAAAGCAAGCCCAAUCUAAGUCCAGAAAUCAGCUUCAAAAUACGUGACAAAUUGGCUGUACGCCUUGCGAAACUCGAG